AUGGGCGUUGACGCCGUUGAGGUGUCACUUGCUGUCGUACAUUUGUAUCUAGGAUUGCUGAACCAGUUGGAUUGGAAUGUUGGUGCGCGAAUAGAAGGCGCCUUCCCUGAAGAAGAGCUAUAUCUCGUGGAUGUCGCGUGGUAUGAAAUCAGGGUUAAGCGACGUGGAUCAGAAAGGAUCUGCAUGGACCUCUCGCCUGAAUCCCUGCCUCCUGGUAUCAAUUCUGGGUGGGAGCCACUGGGAGAACUGACAAAUCCAUGGGCCCAGCUGACGAGGACGAUGCAGCAGAAAAGGACCUCGUUUCUCAAAGUCUGCGCCGCCGACCUAUUAUUAGCUGUAUUGGAUGUGGGUUCUCCCGCCACGAAAUGGACGCUGACGAUGGCGGGACCGGCUACUUAG